ACUCCUUUAGAAUAUGAAAAUUAAAUGAAACAAUGUUGGGAUGCUGAUGCAUCAAAAAGACCUGACAUUGUUACACUUAGGAAAAAAAUGAAAGAAGUUAAUUUAUUUUAUCAAAGUAAAUCAAAUGAAUCAUUAACUCAACCAGAAGAAAAUAAUAAUUUUGAAAUGGAAAAUUAUACUAGCAGUAGCAAACUAUUUACAAGCAAACUUCAUCAAUUUGAUAAUCUUCCUGAACCAAGAAAUGCAACAGAAGCAUUUCAUAGUAAUAAAUCAUAUGAUUUUCACAUUCCUAAUAAUAUCGAUGAUUUUAAUAAUUUAAGUAGUAAAAACAAUAGUAUCUCAAAAAUAAUAAGUAGCAUAUUUAAAGAUUAUUUAGGCAAAAGAUUAACCAACAUAUUUAAAAGAAGCUCAAAAAAUGGCAAGUAA